CUAACUCACUUGAUUGUUAACUUGAUUAAACCAAGUAAUUUGAAAGCUAACGAAGACAAAAAUCAUAUAACUAUAUUACCCAGAGCAAUCGAAACCAAAAACCAAUAAUUUGAUCGAUAACGCAACUGCAAUCGCAAAUUUGUAGAACUGAUCGAAUCGAUAAUAAUUUAGGCAGGCGUUCCAAACAAAGUUCAAAACUAACCAUAUUUGAAAAAUUUUAGUUUAACGCAGUAGUUUGUAUUUGCAAACAGUCCAAAUGUGUGUAUAAGGUAGUUUUGAGAGUAUGUAUUUUUGGUAAGCACAACACACCUUUUCAAAUUCGAUAAACAAAAAAAAUUGAACACAACAACAACAAGAAGAACAUCAACUAUCCGUAACUGUAAUCACAACAAUAAUAAUAGAACAGAAAGAAUUAUUAAUAAUAGCAAGGCGUGUUAAAUAAGUAAGAAAAAACAAGGCAUUGCAAAUACAUAAAACAAGGAAAGUGUAGAGAGAAAGAAAACCACAAUUCAGCCGCAGCAGCAGCAGCCGCCAAUCGACAAGGAGCCGUUGAAUGAUGUUAGACAUUAAGAAAACCAGAGGAUUCCAUAAGAUUCCAGCGUCCAAACUGCAGCGCGAGGCAAACACUGCGGCAGCAGCAGCAGCGGCAGCGACAACCGACGGCCAACAGCAAAGAGGCAGCAAUAUUAGUCAGCAGCACCAGCAACAUCAGCAGCAUCAGCAGACGGCGUCGCGACACGCCAAAUCCUUGAAAGCCAGCGGCGCUGGCGGCGUCGGCAUUGUCCACAAGCAAGCGGCUGCUCUCAAAUACGUUGCCAGCAACGGGACCGGACCAAGCGGCAGCAGCGUGCGUGCAGCCGGACAAAAUUCGAGCACAGUUGCCGGUGGCGGCGGCGGCGGCGGCGGGGUUAAUCCUGUGCGUGCGGCCAAUCAGCGGUAUUUCUUGGUAUCCAGCUACAAGGAUCCCAGCUUUCUCAAGGCCGAAUGCGAGCUGGCGCAUGCCCAGGUGACGCUCAAACAGACGCAAGCUGGCAGAAGCAAUAAGCGCAACAAAACCAGCGACGAUCACAAGAAUAACAACAGCAACAACAACUACAGCAGCAGCAACGGCAACAACAACGUCAAACUAGCAGCAGCUGCAGCCGCAUUAGCAGCAACAAACGGGGGCAUUGUGGGCAGCGAGAUUCCAUUGCAUGACAUGCGUCGACCGACGACGCUCAAUGGCAACAAAGCGGCCGGCGCGAACAGCAGCAACAUCAACGCCAGUAGAACAACAACAACAACAACAACAACAGCAGCAGCAACAACAAUAGCUGGCGGCAACAACACAGCCGUACACAGGAUCGAUAUUAGAUAUAGCCAUAGCCAUAGUCAUAGCCAGGGCAAGCAGCAGCAGACAUUGGGCCAAAAGGCAACAGUUGGAGCAACAGCAGCAGCAUCAGCAUCAGCAACAGCAACAACAUCUUCAGUGGCGGCGGCAGCAGGCGGACGACUUGCGGCUGGCAAACUGAAGCCGCUUGUGCUGCAGUGCAAUAAUAAUCACAGCGCCAUGAAUAGUCACAGCAGCUACAGCAAUAACAUUAACAACAACAACAGCAGCAGCAGCAGCAACAACGGCAACAGCAACAACAACAGCAUGCAACGCCAGCAACAACAGCAACAUCAGCAACACGAUGACAUUAGCUAUAUUGAUAGCGACGAUACACCGACAAGCACAGCAGCAACAGUUGCUGCUGCAGCAGCAACAACAACAGCAACAGCAGCAGCAGCAACAACAACAACGUCUGGAGCAACAACAUCGGGCCAAAAGCUGGCCAAUAUUUGUUAUUUUAAGCCCAUAACGCCGCCCUUGCAGCUGCGAAGCCAACAGCUGAGCAGCAGCAGCAGCAGCAGCGGCGGCGGCGGCGGCGACAAGCCAAUUGGACACCGUGCAAUGCGGCCCAAGUCCACAAUCAUCUCGUUUUCCAAUUCGAAUUUUGCGGCCAGCUAUGAGAAAUUCAACAACUAUAAGCACACAAAUGGCGAACAGCGGCCCAAGGAGCGGGAGCGGGAACGGGAGCGUGAACGGGAGCGAGAGAACGGCAGCGGCAAUGCCAGCAAUGCGCGUCGCUACGGCAUCGAUUCACUCAGUAUUAAGGCCUCCAUUGAGAAGUUCAAUAAUCUCAGCGAACAGAAGCGACAGCCAGCCCCGUUGCGCAAUAAUCCAACAGCAACAGCAGCAACAGCAACAACAACAGCAGCAGCAGCAGCGGCGGCGGCGGCGGCGUCGGCAACAACAGCAACUGCAGCAGCAACAUCGGGCAGCAGCAGCAAUCUGCAGCAGCGCUACAGCGGCGACAUGGAGAACGCACGGAUCGCGGCCGGUUAUAGCAGCUCCUUGACACGGGCAGCGUAUCGGACCAGCAGCGGCAACAAUGCCGCAACAACCACGACGGCAACGACGGCAGCCGUGGCGCCCAUGAGCAAAUCGGCCAGUCGGAUUGCGCACGGUCUGUUGGCCAAGGCGGCGACCAAUAACGAUUGUCAAGCUGGCCAAGCGAUUGCGGCGGCGACUGCAACGCCCAGCAGCCACAAGGUAUCACGGAAUAGCGGAGGCACCGUUCGUUCAGUGCUACCACCUGUCUCGCCAACAUCCAGCCGCUAUUGGGAUCGGGACAGCGGACGGAACAACACCAACGCCACAUCCUCUUCCAUUGGCACAUCAUCGUUGAGCAAUAAGCAUAAUAAUCUCGAUGAUGGCUACAAAAGCACCCGUGACGAGAAGUUCGAGGGUCUAUGCGGUCUGAGAAACAUUGGAAACACUUGCUUCAUGAACUCGGUCAUCCAAUGCCUGAGUCACACGACUGAGCUGACGCGCUUUCUGCGCGCACAUCAUACCAGCACGCGCACGGCAACCUCCAAGGAUCAGCAAAUACUACACGAAUUUGCCAAACUCAUACAGGAAAUGUGGACGACAAAUGUGCACAGCGUAACGCCGAUGGAACUGAAGCGCGCCUUUUCGACAAAGCAUCGCAUGUACAGUGAUUACAAUCAACAGGAUGCGCAGGAGUUUCUGCGCUUCUUUCUUGACUCGCUGCACUCGGCGCUCAACACCGGCGUCAAAGGUGAAACGCUUAACAUUGAUGAUAAUCUCAGUGACAAUAAGAAGGCCGAUCUGACUUGGGAGUGGUAUGCUAGGCAUGAGAAUUCCCUGAUACGUGAUCUGUUUGUUGGUCAAUUGAAGAGCACACUAAAGUGCACAACGUGUGGAAAUACAAGCGUUACCUUUGACCCAUUCUGGGACUUGAGCGUGCCACUACCAUCGUCAUCGCGCUGCAAACUAGAGGCCUGCUUAGAUCUGUUCAUACGCGAAGAGGUGCUAGACGGUGACGAGAUGCCCACAUGCUCCAAAUGCAAGACACGCCGAAAAUGUACCAAAAGCUUUACCAUACAGCGUUUCCCCAAAUAUCUGGUGAUACAUCUCAAACGCUUCUCUGAAACGCGCUGGAGCAAGCUCUCGAAUAUUGUUGAGUUCCCCACAGCGGAUCGUGAGCUCAAUAUGGCCUCAUAUGGCGCCAACGCAAAUUCGAAUGUGCAUUAUUCGCUCUAUGCGAUCUCCAAUCAUAUGGGCUCAACGGCUGGUGGUCAUUAUGUGGCACUCUGUAAGCAUCCGGUCUCACACAAGUGGCAUGAGUUCAAUGAUAAUAGUGUCAGCGAUGCUAUACCUGAAAACUGUCUCGUUUCAUCCAGUGCCUAUAUUUUAUUCUACGAACGAGCGUAAAGCUAACUCCCCACAAUUACCUAGCAGUUGAAUCCAAUAAGCAUUAACAACAGCAACAACAGCAACAACAGCAGCAACAGCAGCAACAACAAUACCAAAAGCAACAGCAACACCAUCUUAA